AUGGUGAAGGAGUGCUGUCGAAAGGGCUGCGUGAAGCGUCCAAGCUAUGGCAAGUACGGGAGCACCAAGGCCGAGUACUGUGCGCAGCACGCAGAGGACAAUAUGAUCGAUGUGAGGAGCAAGCGGUGCGGCCACGCCGGUUGCACCACGCGGCCUUCGUAUGGCAUCAACGGGACUACCAAGGCGCAGUUCUGUGCCACACAUGCGGCAGCGGGGAUGGUGAACGUCCGCUCCAAGAGGUGUAACCACCAAGGUUGCACCACCAGGCCAAGCUACGGCGUCGACGGCACCAAGAAGGCGGAGUACUGCACGCGGCACGCGCUGGCCAAUAUGGUCGAUGUCCGCAGCAAGAGGUGCGGCCGCCAGGGGUGUAACACGUGGCCCAGCUACGGCGUGGAGGGGAGCAACAGGGCGGUGUUCUGUGCUCGGCACGCGGAUCCCCAUAUGGUGGACGUCUGCAACAAGAGGUGCGGGACUCGCGGUUGCACGAUCCGACCAAGCCACGGCUUCGAGGGCAGCUCCGCAAAGCCCGAGCUGUGCCAGCGACACGCGGAGCCCGGGAUGAUCGACGUCCGAAUCAAGAGUAAUGGCGGUGGAGCGGUAGGGGUGAAGGGCCAACCGGCGAGGCUCGACGGCAGCGGCGGUGGUGUUGGCGGGGCGUGGCGCCCUGGCGGAGUCGGAGCAGCGGCGGCGGGGGGAACGGAAGGAAUCUCAGCGGCGGGAGGGGUCGGGGUGGAAGUAGGAGCGGCGGCGGCGGGAGGAGGCGGAGGUAGCGGGGGAGAAGACGGCAGCAGCCCCGCCGCCGCCGCCGAUGCGGAUGGAGCCGGAGACCUGCUGCUGGCUCUGAGCGGGAAGACGACUGGGAGCUGGAGCAGAACCCCCGAGCCACCAGCAAUCAGCAGACCCUCCGAGCCACCAGCAAAGCGUCAGAAGCCAGAGGGGGAUGACGAUGAUCGGGACAGCGGCGACAACAACGGCGAUGGGGAUGGGGAUGGGAAUGGGGAUGAUGACCAGCCGGAGCACGGCGUGGGGGGGGAGGAGGAGGGGGAGCAGGCAGAAACGCGACCGCAAAGUAUUAAUAGUACAUAG